CAACACUGGUUUCUGGUUUGCACGUUUGACAUUUUGCCGUUUGUUUACAUUAGUAAAAAUUUGUGCCAAAGGUUUGCUGGUUUCAAAAUAUUUAAAAUUUGUGUUUGUGUGGACAUCCUACAGUUGUAUUGAUUUUAAGUUUUAUUUUACCAAAAAUCAGAGAACACUAAGUGCCUUUUAAAAUGGUGCGAAAAUGUAUGGUUUUGUUUUGCAAAAAUAAUAAACCGCCAUUAUACCAGUUGACAAGUAGUAGGUACGUAAGUUGGAUGAGGGCUUUAGGAAGGAAUCCUGAUAUAGAAAAUCUUACAACCCAUAAUGUAGUGUGUAGUGCACACUUUACUGAUGCAGAUUUUUUGUUUGUAAAUGAGAAGAGAAAUUUAAAAACAGGUGCUGUACCUAGUUUAUAUUUGGGACCUCUUAAACCAUAUAAUACUAGUAUUGGUGCAAGUUCAAGCCAAACCAAAGAAUGUAGUUUUUCUGAAAAAUUAAGUGCCUUGUUAUACAAACAGAAAUGUGAAAAUGAUAAUGAAGAGAAGGAAAAUCAUCAGCAGUCAUCAUAUUCUUCGUGCAGAAUACCAGCAAUGAACAUAGUAGCUGAUGAUGUAUCUGCUACCCCCGAGAUAUACUCCACAACAUUCAUCAAAUCUGAAUCAUGUAAUAAUAAUGAUGUAUCUGCUACCCCUGAGAUAUACUCCACAACAUUCAUCAAAUCAGAAUCAUGUAAUAAUGAUGAUGAAAUAUUCCAAGAAAAAGAUUUUCCACACGAAAUAACUCAAAAUGUAGAUAUUUCUAAUGAUAACAGAUCUUCUCCAACUUCAAUGACUACAAUUAGUCCAGAGAGGCAAAAUGUAAGCUUGAACAGAGAAUUAGAUGAUUCUUCGAGUGAUAGUGAAGGGUAUGAAGGAACGAACAAAAAAAUUAGAAAAGAUGUAAAAAUUUAUCAUAAUUAUAGUGCAUCGCCAAGAACAAUAAAAAAGGCUUUGGGAGAGGUAACAAGAAGAAAGAAAACAUACCAACUUGCUUUAAAACAGAAAAAAGUGCAGGUAAAAAGAUUACAACAAAAAGUAAUCCAUUUGAAGGAUGUGGUGUGGCAUUUAAAAAAACAAUUGGCUCAGACAAUGCAAUAACUGCUUUAGAAACAUCACUUUAUGGAAUACCCCUCUUUGAUGAAAAGGUAUUUUAAGAAUAUUAAAAAUGAAUCAAAAAGAAAGAACAGUUCCCUGAAGAUUUAAGGAUAUUUGCCAUGGCAUUACAAUUUUAUUCAAGUAAAGCCUAUAAUUAUGUAUGCAGAAUAUUUAAAUUAGCAUUACCAGCUCGAAGCACAAUAAGAUCUUGGCACAGUAAAAUCAAUUGUGAAAAGGGUUAUCAAAAUGUUAAUUUAUUUCUCUCCAAAAUGUAGUAAAAAGAAACAGACUUGAAAACAAUUUGUAGUCUUGUCAUUGAAGAGAUGGCAAUUAAAAAACAGAUUUCAUUGGAAACAAAUUAGUGAAUAUGAGGUAUAGGUUCCAAGGAGGACUCCUCGAAACAUGCAACUAAGGCUGUUUUAAUGGUUGUUGCUGUUAAUGAUGGUUGGAUGCUACCAAUUGUCUACUUUCUCAUCCAGUCCUUAACAGGAGCAGAAAAGGCAAACAUAAUCAGACAGGUUUUAAUACAACUGUAUAAUAUUGGUGUUCAAAUAAUUUCAGUUACCUGCGAUGGUCCUGUUGCCAAUUUUGUGAUGUCUAAUAGCCUAGGAGCUGUUUACAAGAACAUCAGUUAAAACCUUAAUUUCUAUACCCAAAAGAUAAAUUUAAAAUUGUAUUACAAUUGUUUGAUUCCUGUCCCAAUCUAAAAUUAUAAGGAACAACUGGGCUAAAUAUGAGAUCUCCGUAGAUAAGAAAGGAGAAAAAUUGACCAAAGUUUGAUAAGAAAAUUACAUGUUGUCCAGGAAAAAUAAUUUUGUAGAAUGGGAAAUAAAUUAUGCAAAGCAGGAAAAAAAAAAUGAAGGUGAAUGUGGCAGCACAAACAAUUAGUGCAAGAGUUGCCAAUGUAGGGGCAUGUAUAGGGGGUACAGCUUGUACAAGGAGCCCGGCACGUGGACCAUAUUGCCAUACAAUAGUUUUCAGGAUUUAAUAAUUUUGUUUUUACUGUGGUGAGGCAGAAAAAAUCUUUAUUUCUUAUUUGUAAUGUAUUAUUUUAUUUGUUCCUAAUAUUUAUAAUAGAAGUUAACACGUUGAAGGACAGUAACAUUUUUUGUAAGAUACCAAUCUAGGCAGUAUAUUUUUUAAAAGAAAAUUAAUUUCCAAGCAUUAUUAACUAUUAUUAUUGGAAAAAAAAUAGUAAGAACCCAAUUAGACACUGAUGGACGUUUUCUACCACAAUAAUAAGAGUUUAACAAUCACAAAUAUGGCACAACGCUGAUAUGCGUCCAACGCUGUGCAGCGUUCAGCCACAUAACGGCAAACAUCUGUGACAGGCUUCUGGUUCACCUACAGUGAAUCAGCGAGUCUGUGAGGCGCUAUGAUGGUGAUUCCCGAAUAGGGGUUGCUCAGGCGCCAGUUUUGUUAUCGCAGUUUGCUCUGCGACCCUGUAGUACACCAGAGUGUACUUAAGGUAAACUCAGUGGAGGUAAAAAUAAUUCCAGGCGGUCACUGCUAGGUAGCCACUAUACUAGAAUAAAUAAAAAUAAAACACUUAUCUCCUUUACACUUCGUACCCUACGGUACCCUGAAAGAGAACGGUUAAGAACCAGUAAUAACAGAAACACAGGAAUAGAUAAUAAAAUAUAUAUUUACAAAAAAAUACAACGGUGGUAGUGCACGGUUCUGGCACGGCUGUAAAUGGAAAAUUAAAUAAAAUGAAUGAUUACAUUUGAAUGAGCUUAAAGAGAAAUAAUUAAAAUUAAAGUAUUACAAUUGAAAAACUAGUCAAAUAUUAACGGCUCCCUGUAUUCGGAAAAUUUAUUAAAAAUAAUUUAUUAAAAUUGAAAAUUAGUUAAAUAUUAACGGCUCCCUGUAUUAGGAAAAUUUAAUAAAAAUAAAUUAUUACCAAUGAAAACUAAUUAUUAAUUAACGGCUCCUUGUAUUCGGAAAAUUUAUUAAAAAUAAAUUAUUACCAAUGAAAACUAAUUAAAUAUUGAGAAAUAUUUACGGUUCGCUAGCACGGGAGGCUAAGCGGCCCGGAACUUAUGAAACUCCCUGUAUACGGAAAAUUUAUUAAAAAUAAAUUAAUACACUUAAAAACUAUUUAAAUAUUGGGAAAUAAUUACGGUUCGCUAGCACAGGAGGCUAAGCGGUCCGGGAAUUAUGAAACGCCCUGUAUACGGAAAAUUUAUUAAAAAUAAUUUAUUUAAAUAUGACGGUAAUCAAAUGUAAGCAAAUAAAUGAAAUGAAAGUUUUCGGAACGUCCCUGUAUCUUAGUUCGGACCGAUCGGCGCUCUGGCAAUUACGUUGAACGAGAAUAAUAAUUUUCAGCGCGGUGUUUGGAACAAGAAUGCGAUGGUUAAUGUAAAAAUCAUUUUGAGACCUGCCAAAAGUCGAUCGAGACGGUGUGUGAAUUAAUUUUACAGAAAUCGUCUGGCUUCGUUCAAUAAUUAGUUGUGGACGGGGAACGGAAUGAUUCAAAUGAAUGAAUAAAUAAAAGAAAAGAAACUUACAUAAAGUGAGGCGCGAUAAUUAAUUUAGACGUCCUUUUGGGAAAUUAGAUAACGCCGUCAGGACAGAGAUCACUCUUAACCCGAGGACGGAUCGAAUCUUCGAAAAAGAAAAUAACGAGCCGGUUUUUCCCCAAAAGUAAUAAAAUAAAAAAAAAUUGAAAACGGGUUAAACUUCUUACGUCAAUGUUAACUGGGCGCUUUCUAAGAGAGAUUGGAUAUAGUCGUUGACAAUGAGAGCACUCAGAGUCUAGCCUAUAUCCAGCCUCAAAUAAAAAAUUGCCAACGGUUUCCCACUGAGGGAUGAAAUGAAAUAUUCUGGAUAUGAAUCAAAAUUUUUCACUUGUCGCACGGGUGUCCCAACUAAUGAUCAAAAAAAUAAAAAAUAAUAUGCGGUUUCCUACCUUAGAAAAAUAAACGGGGUUGUUCAAUAUUCUUUCGAUAUCAUGGUCACUCACAGAGUAUUUCACUCGGCACUGCAGGAGAGAGAAUAGUUUUCGGCUGCCGGAAAUCAAGAGGGCGUAAUUCCCAGAUGUGAUCGAAUUUUUGCUUUUCGGUAAGCCCGAGUGGGGGAUACCACUAUUACAGCUGACUAUUUACAAUUUAAAAAAAAAUGUCCUUCUAGUAACUUGACAAAUAAAAGUAGAUAAUUGGUACGAAAUCGACAAAUUACAUGUACAGUUCAUCUAACACAUUUUUCUUACUGUUUUAAAACAAAUUAUAAAAUGAUCAUACUAACCUUUCUUAUACAAAACACCACACAGCAAUACAAUACCAUUUAGCACCUAAUGCACCAUCAAGCCAUGCAGUUCUUGGGUGACUAAAUACGAGCUGGGUUUUAUCAGAGACGCUGGACUGCGUUCUGUUUAAUUAAAAGGAGGGGUGCGAAUGUAAAUACAUUUUGAAUGUGCGUCACUAUGUCACUGACAUUCGAACAUAUUGUGACAUUAGCAAUUGGAACUCAUUAUUAUAAACGCAAACGCUGAACGACGUCGUGUCAUUUUUAACCAUCAAGCAGAAGACGCAUAUCAGCGUUGCGUCACCUCACAACAUCAAAAAAAGACGCUAAUCUGCGUCUCUGUCCUUCAACGUAUUAAAUAUUUAGUUAUUUAUUUUGUGCUAUACAGAUACUAUACGCAAUAAACAAAAACAUG